GUCUGUUAUUGAGCUGAGGGAUUACGGACGUAUUACCGAGCUAUAAUCUGAAGAUGAUCAUCUAGCUGGCAUGUAUGUUAGUUGUGCUCCACCUGGUGUCGGAAUAAGAGACGUCGGGCACAUCGUGAUGUCGACGGCGUAUUAUCGCUGCAUUUCGGAAUCGGAGCAGGUUGAGCUGCGACGAGUGUAAAUUUUUGUUCGUGGCAUAAAUGAUGUACUCUCCAUCUCCUCGACGUCAGGCAUAGAUGGUCUAAUAUUGCUUUUUAUAGCCGUUUUUCACCCUCUCCCUCUGAACUCCUGCAUCCUCCAGAAAUAUAUCCCAUUCUAAUGCUGCAAAAAUAAAUCUUGUUCUGUAACUCUGCAAUAAAACCACGGUAGAUUUUAUUUUGUGAACAAAAAAUUAAACGUGAGUCAUCAUAAUUUGUUCGAAGGAUUAAGAUGAAGUUUAGAUCGCCUGCCUUGUAGUUUUUCUCCGGUUAAUCGUGGAAGUACUGAUCGAGGGCUGUUGUUGUUGCUUCCUCCUCCUCGCGCCAGCGGGUCCUCCGAGCUAGUCAGACCUGUUCGCCAUUGCGAACCAGCCAAACAUAACCGCGCGAAAAUCGGCGUCCUUUACGUACAAACUUCAUUCCAGAAUGUACUACCGAAAUAUAAUCAAUUUGGAACAUUGGUUGCAAGCAAAAACAAAAUGUCUGACCCUGACGCGAGCAAUGCGACCAACGCGACCAAUGUGACCAAUGCGACGAACGCGACCACUGCUGCAAACAUAACCGUUCAAGUUGCUACCCCAGCACCUAUAGUCGAAAGGGUCGUGAUCGUCUACCGCGAGAGUGAUGGAGGUCUAGAUCCCGUAAUCGUUGUUUUGAUAACUUUGGGCGCCAUACUGGUCGCCGCGGCAACGGGUUAUUUGAUCUAUUGGAUCUGCAACCGUAAGCGACACCCUGAAAAAGAAACUGAGGAAGAAAAUUGGGAGGACAUCUAUGGUGCACUCUUUAUUUUCAAACUACUAAACUAAAACUUGGUCAAGAAGGCGUAGAGGAACUCAAAUUCUUGAAUAUUUUCAUUUCAAGAACCAUAACGAUAACCUAGAUAUUUCCAUGUAGUCUAUGAAGUAGAAUUUCCACGAUUUCUUGGAAAAUAGAAAACAGAGUUUACAAGAACUAGAGACUCGUCACUUCUUAGAAAACAGAGUUUGUCGGAAUCAGAAAGUACGAGGUCCUCAGAAUUAGAUUGACGAGACAAAGUGCUAGGUCAAAUUAAUGCAACAUGAUUAUGACCAGGUACCAGUGCUGGGAACGAAGAGGUGGACGACUGGAAUGCGGAACCUGAACAGCCUGCUUGGAUGCCUUCAAAGGGUAGCCGGUGGCAUCCCCAGCAUAUCUCAGGUUAAGGCCAUAGAUAAUUCAUGAUCUUUUUGUCUUUGUGCAUCCUUGAAAGGCAAAGGUAUGCGCGAGUAUUCAUUCUCGUGCUAGACUCUUCAAGGAUGCAGUAGGAAGAUGAAUUCUGGAGAGCCCUAAUUAGGAGCACUUCCCUUUGGAGGAAAAGAAGCACCAACAAAUGGCGGCAAACGCAGAGGCAAGGAUCCUCCACCUGGCGGUCGUAUAAAAGGCAAUACUAUUUAAGGCAACAAGAAGAUCAAUGAAGAUGAGAAAUAUGACAUCUUGUACCUAAGUACAUAGAUUUGAUAGGCGUCGGUUUCGGAGCACCUUGAUGAAGACUUUUUCCACUUGAUGAAACACUCAACAUAUGAUCAAGGUGGUCAUAUUGCAUUGUCUUUUUGCCAACCGACGCAUUGACAUUUACUUCUCCCCCCGACUCUAUAGGUCGGCAGAAGUUCCUCUAAUAUACGCAAAAGGGCGGGAAAAUGAAGAGUCGUGCUGCACCUCUCGGCGCUUCGAGCAAAUCUGGAAACAUGAAAAAACUCGGCAGUUCUGGAAGUAAUUCAGCCUUAUUCUCUCGCGAAAAAGGGAAGAUAAAACAGGGAAAAGGAAUAAAUAGCCCGAGGGAGCAGGCGAAGAAAGGUUCGAUACAACCAGGAAAAGCUGGAGGAUCCUCGGAUCAGGGAUUCGUAACAAGAGCUUAUUCUGCAAAAGGAAUGCACAACAAGCUACUUGCGGCAGGUGGAUUCUAAAAAGCAUCAAAUGUCUCUUAUAAGGAAGUACUUAUAAUAUAUUAUGAUAAAAAAGCUCUUACUUGAUUAAAGUGUUAGAGUUUUUAGGCUAGACGGAGGAGGAGUUGAGCAGGGGUCCUCUCAAACCUAAGAAAGUACUACAUUCAUGCUUCUGCCUAGUUAUUGUUAACAUAAGGAAGUUUCAAUUUCUAGUUUUGACCGUGGAGACGUAUAAUUUGCUUCGAAGAAGCAUGUCCCGGAGAGGCAUGACAGCCAGUGUUAGCCUUUUUUUCGCACUGGGCAACGGGCUGGUUAGGGCGUUAGGGCUACUCUUUGAAAAUUGUAGUUACAGACUCAAGAAUGAGUACUUCCGCGGCCGUCAUUUAUUGUCACACUGCUGGAACUGUUUUGUCCCGCCGCUAGGCUAGUAGAACUAAUUGGGACACCUCCAUGACGAUGACUUCCGUCACCGUCAGCACUACACUCCGGAGCUCGUCUGACGGGGUGCCGCAGUUGUAUGGAACCCAGAUUGAAAGAUCCAUUUGUAGUGGUUUGCCUAUUUACUGCUGAGGAUUCACUUCUUGCUUAUUACCACAACUACUUCUUCUACGGUUCUCGGAGGUCUGGUUUGUCAUCGGUUGAUAGCAUUAGCAAUGACGAAGAAUCUCUCUACGUCACAGCGUUGCCUAUUGCUCGGGGACACUUGGCGGAUCAGCAACAUCGAAUGUGGCUGAGAAUAGACGAACAACAGUUCCUUUCGGGUGGCGAGACGAGGUCAAGAGAUGACACGAUGUCGCAGCUUACAACAAAAGUGAGCGAAUAACAACCAGGGAUGGAGGUUUUUUUAUUUGCG